AUGGCAUACCGACUUCGUCCUCGUUUAUGGCCUUCUCCUUCAAAGGGGUAUUUUGCUGGCGACGAACACGCGGACAAUGAUACGGAUUCCGACCAAAAGGAAGACCAGAGCAUGAGCGACGGCAUUCCACCAUCUUCUAAGAACACCCCGCCUAAUACAAAUAACAGUGAGCUUUACUAUCCUGAAGACGACGAAGACGACGAAGGCGAGGGGGACGAGGAUGAAGAUCAAAAAGACGAGCAGGAUGAAGACGAAGAGGAGGCGCACAUGGAGGAUACAAAUCCAAAUGCGUACGCGGACUCUGACGACCAUGGCGACUCUAACAACUCUAACGGCUCUUUGUUACGAUCCAAUAAGGGAUCACUUAUGUAA